UGGGACUUUGGUGUGGAAGGUAGCUCUCUGAAAAGGACCCUCUUACAGUGUCUCAUUACCACUCUGUCAUGGCUGACAUCGAUAUCGUAGAGGACCGGGACAAGCUGAAACAUGGUGUGAUUAAAGUGCUGGAGUGCAUAGCUACCAUCUCAUCGGCAGCUGCCGUGGUAAACCCCAUCUUUGGUGUUGCUGGCUCUCUGAUGCGUGUCGUCCUCCAUCACGUGGAUGACGAGGAAAUCCAAACUCUGAAGCGUGAGUUUGGCAGUGUGAACCGGGCUCUGGACCAGAUAUCGGCGCAGAACCGCAAUGCCUUGCUGCAGAUCAAGAAGGAGACAUUGGAUGGCCAGUACUGCCGUGUGGAGGAGAACCUCAAACACCAGUUCCGUAAGUACAUGGAGGUGGUUGAGGCACGGCCCAAGAACAAGCAGCGUAAGCGGGACAACUUUGAGGAGAGCUAUGCAAACGACAUGGGUGACCAAAACCUGCACACGCUCUAUGAUGGUGUCAUGGGCAAGCCCAAGCUCUUUAGCCGUCCAAUUCUUGAAGUCUACAUGACCCACUCACAUGGAGAUCAAAGGGUGAUGGAAAACCUGUGCACACGCCUCACAUACCUUUUCUGCAUCGGCCUCAUUGCUCUGAUGGGCUACUCUGCCAUCAUCGGUGAUGAUGAGGAAGGCCUGGGGGAGGAGUGGGCCGAGAAGAUGGAGAAUGUGCAGGAAAGGAUGCAGGAGGCGCUGAGGAGGUGCAAGUGAUUUCACUGCUCUGCUUCACUUACCCAUGCAAACGACACCUUAUGUAUUCCAUAUAGAUCUAUGGUGUGUUCCUUCAGUAUCUCAUUGUUCUAAACUCACCUCUUAUGUCUUCUGAUCUAGAGAGGCAGGUUACUACUGCUGCCACAGACCUUGUGUCUAUUUUAUUGUAUCCUCAAUAUUUCUUAAAAUUUCUGCGCUUUAGAGAGACCCUCAUAGAAAAAUAAUUGCUAUUGUGAAAAUGGAAAUGAGCAAUGAGAGACAGGUUUACUCCAGCUGGUGGUGGUUUGUCCCGUUACAAGUAAAAAUUAAAAAACAAGAUGAAAUGGGGUUCAAAUCUAUGGCUGGCAUUUGAGAAAUUUUUAACAGAAACUAGUCUAAAGCGAAUGUGAAUUAAUGUUAGUACCCACAUUCCACAAAACCUUGUUAUGCAUAGUUUUUCAUGGUUUUUUUUUCCUUUUUUACAUUAAAGUAAAAACAAAAAAUACAGUAAAAUAAGAACUAGUAGAUAGUUUGCUAAGUUGUGAAGGAUUGAAGGAGUAUAUAAAUGCUGUUUUUAAGUACUGUGAGUGCUUAAACUGGGUUUAAACAGAAGUUUAUUUGUGAUCUUAUCAAGGCUAAAAGUCCAAGUCCAAAGUUAACUUACAGUGUGUGGCCCAUUUAAAAAUACAUCUGUAUAAGUAAAUUCCUUAUACACAUAAAAGCAUUAUUCAUAUGACAGACAUACAGUUGUCAUGGCAGUCGUGGGAUUUUAAUCAUUUCUGUGACUGAAUCAGUCAAGUUUUUGUGGAUCUAUUGGCUCAGAAAUAUAAUUAGUCAUAGAUACUAACAGAGGGCUAUGCCUAAAGUUAACCCACAAUAAACAUAUAAAUAAACCAUGCAUGGGAGUGUUUUGUAAUCAGUAGUUUAUGUUUGAUAAUUCAGCAAAACUCUAUUUGGCUGUUUUAAACAUAAUGCUUUACAUAUUAGUGCACCAAAACAAGUUUGGAGCUUAGGGGUUUCUGAGCAUCCUGUAUAGAGCUAGUGAAAUCUCACUGUUACACAAAGCUCCCAUUUAAGAAUUGGUCUUUAUUAAUCCAGUCCAGUAACUUUUAGCCUUUCAUACACUACAGCACAGAAUAAUGUGCAUUUUUUCUCUUUCAACACUGACUAAAACCCUGAAUGACACUACAACGGCAAAACUAUUGAUUGUAUAUCGGUUCUUUAUAUGGUUUCGUCAUUAUGACUAACAGACUCUUGUUGUAACACAAAAGCUCAAAAUAGGCAUUAUCCAGAACUAGCACUACAGGCUUAUGACAUGGCAUAGCAUGUUUUUGCUUGCUGUUUUAUGUUACCACUACAAAAUACAAAACACUGCUAUUACACCUUACAUUUGCUGCAUGUGACUGACACUACACAAGCACUACGAUCAUAUACUACACUUACCCUAAUAGUCCAGCCAUACCGUAUCAAACAAUUUAGUUAUAAAUGAUAUGUCAUUUUGCAGGCCCUGUCAGAUUGAAUACUGUUGUCUAAGUGUUAUUUAGAAUAGAAAACCAGACCAUUUCUUUCUUAGGUGUUUGAGCUCACCAGGCUAAUGUGCAUUAGUGCUCGCAUUAAGAUAAAGGUUAUGAAUCGAUUCAUAGUCUAUUAUACGAAGAAGGAGUAGAUGGCAGCUUACCAUAGAAAUGUUAAUGACAGAGAACAAAAUAAUGACAUUCAUACUGCUCUUAUAAAAUGCUAAUCAUUUUUAAUUUUAUCUAAUCAUUUUUUUAUAGAUCAAAAAGCCAUUAUUGUUGCUAUUUAAAUAGAAUAACGUGGCAUUGACCUAGUAUAAUUCAUUUAUUUUUGUGAAUGUAUACCUUUCCUGGUUUAGUUUAAUAACAGAACUUGAAUCAUACCUCUACUGCAUUAUAUUUCUUUAUCAUUGAUAAAUUUUAAAGUGCACUCAUCUAGAUGGGCUGUUACUGAAGCAUGCCAUUAGUGCCUCUUAAAUACUGCAUAUAAAAGCUGUUCCUUUCAUUAACUUUCACUUUCUAUUACUCUCACUUCACUAUACUCUGGGGGAUUUACUGGCAGAAUGUUUAGGCUACAUGAUAUAUAUUGUGCUUACAAAUAAAUAACUGAACUGUUUGUAUACAUGAAUUUACAUAUUAUGCACUUUUAAAAUAAGAUGGGGCUUGUGGAGAUGAUAAGCAUCUAACUGUCCUUGGUUACAUAUGGAUGUUAUACACAAUUUUAGGUCAGAACUGAAUUUGUGCGAAAUGGAGCAUGUGUUAUGGACAAUAAAAAGCUUUUUGAAAAUAAAGUCUGGAUAUUCUUCUCGCUGUUCCAUGUGGUAUAAACUAUAAAGCACUAACAAUAAAUGACAUGAAUACAUUAAA